CAGUCAUCAUCGGAGCAGCUCUCUCCAUCUAGCCGCGCAUCCAGCUCCAGAGCCCCGCCAGGAUGAUUCGCCGCCGCACCGACAACCUUCACUUCACUUUCACUCCUCUCCUUUAACAGAGCCCCUUCCUUCACCCAUGCGCUGCCUCUCUCCUGAGAUGCGACACCGCUGCCUCAUUUCCCGGACGAUACCUUCAUCUUGCGUCGCUCCUCGCUGAUAGAGAGCAUGCCCGACGCGGGGACGGGAGGCGCUGCGGCCGCCGAGGGUGCGACCACCUCCGGCGACGGCUCCGAGAGCUCCCGCCACCGACACCGAGCGCAGCAGGGGGACUCGGAGAGGCCGGAGCCGGGUUCUGCCCCGCAACAGAGCUCCUCGGGAGUCCUGGAUAAGUUGUUUGGGAAGCGUCUGCUGCAGGCUGGGAGACACAUCCUGUCUCACAAGUCUUGGAUGAAAACGGUGCCCACGGAGAACUGUGAUGUCCUCAUGACGUUUGCAGACACUACAGAUGACCACACGUUGCUAUGGCUACUAAACCACAUCCGGCUAGGAAUCCCAGAGCUCAUCAUCCAAAUCCGGCAUCAUAAGCACACCAGAGUCUACGCAUUCUUCAUCACUGCUACGUAUGAAAAUUUGCUGCGAGGUGCAGAGGAGAUGGGCCUGAGGAAAGGGGUGAAGCCGGAGUUUGGUGGAGGAGCACGGAGCUUCUCCUGCGAAGAGGACUACAUCUACGAGAACAUUGAGAGUGAGCUGUGCUUCUUCACCUCACAGGAAAGACAAACCAUCAUCAAAUACUGGCUGGACAAUCUACGUGCCAAGCAGGGCGAGGUUCUUCAUAAUAUCAGCUUCCUGGAGGGCCAGCCAAUCCUCCCAGAGCUGAGAGCCAGAGGAGUGAUCCAGCAGGUGUUUCCUCUCCAUGAGCAGAGGAUCCUCAACCAUCUGAUGAAAUCCUGGGUCCAGGCGGUCUGCGAGAAGCAGCCGCUAGACGACAUCUGUGACUACUUUGGGGUGAAGAUAGCGAUGUAUUUCGCCUGGCUGGGUUUCUACACCACCUCCAUGUUGUAUCCUGCUGUGAUCGGCUUUGUGCUGUGGAUGCUCACAGAGUCGGAUCAGACGAGCCGUGACAUCUGCUGCGUGGUGUUUGCGCUGUUCAACGUGGUGUGGGCCACCCUGUUCCUGGAGCGGUGGAAGAGGAGGGGAGCCGAGCUGGCGUACAAAUGGGGAACGCUGGACACGCCCUCCAAAUCACUGGAGGAGCCGCGGCCUCAGUUUCGGGGAGUGAAGCGCUGCAGCCCCGUAACGGGAUGUGAGGAGUUUUACUACCCGCCGUGGCGCAGGCGUGUGUUCAGGUGGCUGGUCAGCCUGCCCAUCUGUAUCCUGUGCCUCUGCUUUGUCUUCCUCGUCAUGCUCAUCUGCUUUGAGCUGCAGGAGUUUGUGAUGGGGAUCAAGGAAAUGCCACGCCUGGCUCGCUUUAUUCCUACAAUCAUGCUUGCUAUCACUGUGAGUGCAUGUGACGAGGUGUACAGGAAAAUCGCCUGCUGGCUCAACGACAUGGAAAACUACAGACUCCAGAGUGCCUAUGAGAAAAAUCUCAUCAUCAAAAUGGUUCUUUUUCAGUUUGUAAAUUCUUAUCUCAGCCUUUUUUACAUUGGAUUCUACCUCAAAGACAUGGAGCGUCUGAAGGAGAUGUUGGCCACUCUGCUCAUCAUCCGCCAAUUCCUUCAGAACGUGAAGGAGGUUCUGCAGCCUUACCUGUACGAGCGCCAUAAGCUGGGGGAGCUGUCAAUGAGAGCCGUGUGGGACCUGGUGUUCUCCGUGUUGCUCAAAUACGCCCGGCUGGCGGCCGGGAAGGUCCAGGCCUUGCCAACGGACCCGACCGUGCCUGGACCCGGACUGAGGGGCACGAGACCUGGAGUGGGGAAUACAGAACGAAGGGAGAAGAAGUGUUUGAACGGCGGCUGUGGAGUGCCUGAUGAGGAGGAGGGAGGAGAGCGGGACGAGGCUGAUAGCGGGAGGUUCAGCGAAGGAGAGACGGAGGAGGAGAACGUGAUAGACUGUGGCCUGAAGCUGAGGAAAGUCAGCUUUAUAGAGAAGGUGGACAGAAGGCCGGCCUGUGGUGGAGCCCCCAUGGAAAACAGCUUCCUGGAGGAAGGGAGCCCCACCAUGGUGGAGAAAGGAAUGGACCCGGCCUCUGUGUUUGAAAUGUGCGAUGACGACGACGAUAAUGGAAUCCAUGAUGUGAAGGACUCGGGAGGGGGUGGCGCCGAGGGGCUCAGUGCUGCCGCUGCAGCCGUUGGAGGCAGCGCCGCCUUGCCGUCUGCCUCAGACGGCGCCGCGUCACUGCGUCACAGAAGAAGAGGCCAGAGCGUAGAGAGGACAGAGCCUAAAACCAAACGGGAGUCAUGGAUGGAUCCUCCGGAGGAGACGGAGAGCAUAACGCUAACUCAGGCUGAGAUGGAGAGCUGCAUGCAGACCUACGCUGACACCUUCCAGGACUACCAGGAGAUGUUUGUCCAGUUUGGCUACGUGGUUCUCUUCUCCUCUGCCUUUCCUCUGGCGGCCAUGUGUGCGCUCAUCAACAACAUCAUUGAGAUCCGCAGCGAUGCCUUUAAGCUGUGCACCGGGCUGCAGAGGCCGUUCGGACUCCGAGUGGAGAGCAUUGGCCAGUGGCAGACGGCAAUGGAAGCCAUGGGCCUGAUUGCCAUCAUAGUGAACUGUUACCUGAUUGGUCAGUGCGGUCAGCUGCAGCGGCUCUUCCCGUGGCUCAGUCCGGAGAUGGCCAUCAUCUCUAUUGUCAUCCUGGAGCACUUUGCGAUCCUCCUGAAGUACAUCAUCCAUGUGGCCAUUCCUGACAUUCCUACAUGGGUCAUGGAGGAGAUGGCGAAACUGGAUUACCAGCGAAGGGAGGCUUUUAAGAAGCAUGAGCGGCAGGCGCAGCAGCAUUACCAGCAGUUGCAAAGGAGGAAGAGGGAGGAAGAGGAGAGGCAAAGGCAGGCAGAGCAUAUGGCGCGCAGGGAGAGGGAGCGGGAUGACAGCAAAGGUGACCCGUCUGGGGAUCACCACCAUGACAAAAUUCACGGGAGCAAAUCUCGCUCUGGAGGCAGUGGAGGAGGCGGGGCCAGCGGUUCUGACAAACCCAAGAGGCCCAGCUCCCUGCUGGGCAACAACAACGUGAUGAAGCUGAAGCAGAUCAUCCCACUGCAGAGUAAGUUCUCCUCCAGCGGCGCGCGUUCCCCGCAGUCGCCCACCGGCAGCGAGCCAAAACUCCCCGGGUUCCUCAGCUUCAAGUUCCUCAAGUCACCCGAGAACAAGAAGGAAGGAGCCGCCGCUGCUGCCGCUGCCGCCGCAUCUGCUGCAGCCAGCACCAACACAGCCGCAGCAUCAUCAUCAUCAUCCUCAUCAUCAUCCUCAUCAAGUAGCAGCUCUCAGGAGCGUUCUCAGUCACCCAGUAAGGCCUUCAACCCUGGAAAACUGUUUAACUUUGGGAAAUCCGAAGGGGGAGCGUGUGUGAACGGGGCUCCGCCGCCCAGACCCGGAGACGGAAUGUCGUCGGAAAGACAAGCCUCCCGCUCUGACUUGAACGGUGUUCCCGAUGAGAUCCCUUCUCCUCCGGGGGAGGGAUCUGAGAACGGACAUGCUGCAGAUUUGGACCUGGCCAGUUCAAAAAUCUAGCAGCUCUGGAAGAGGAAAACUACAUAUCAGCCGGAGUUGAUGUGCUUUACUGUGAGAAAAGGCCCGAAAAGUUCCUGUUUGUGCAGAGGGAAGCAAACAGGAAAAGAUGAAUCCGACGGAAGAUGACUGUUGUUCCGGUCAGGUUUCUUGCAGAGAGACAAAAAUAAUCUGGCUUUGUACGACAGACACAAGUCCUUCUGUCAUGACCGACUAAAUCACACUCACUCAAAUUCUUCCUUGUCUGCAAUACGUAAAGAAAUGCAUGAGCUGCAUUUCGACUAUUUUAAGCCUUUAAAGCAGAGAGCUAUGUUUCCUGAUUUCCUUUAGUCAGAAAUUGUAAGCAUCUUGGUGGCCUCACGCGGAAAAAAAUAAACAAAUAAAAAGCCAGUUGUGAAAGGAUAGGGGUUAAAAACAAACAUGGAAAGAUUUCCAGACUUCAUCCUUCCCAACACAAGUAGAUAUUUUAUCUUUCUUUUUUUUAUUGUGAUUAAUUUUUGGGCCCUUCUCUUUUGUAAUGAAGCAGAUAAAUAGAAAAGCAAUAUCAGUCAGUGUUUUAAUGAUUCUCAGCAGUCACAGCAUAAAUCACCAGCUUUAUUUUGAAAGCAGCGGUGAUGUCUGAGCGUUCAGUUUCCUUCCCUUUCUGUAACAGAUUAAAAAAAUCACAAAGUAAAGAGCUUAGUAAUUCAAAUCACCUGUACCGACAUUUUCCCCAGGAGAAAUUUAGAGGCAGCGGCUGAAGGUGAUGUUUGGGAAAGUGGAGCAUGGAUGAUGCCUGUAGUGAGCCGGGUAAACACAGAUGGCGCUCCGUUUCACACACUCCAAUCUGACUGGAGUGUGUGAGGAGGUAAAGAGAAGAAAGUUGCACUAAACCCCAACGAGAAGCUUGAUUCCAGCCUGAUUCAUUACAUUACAGUAUGUUACACAAAAUCUUUUUGUUUUUAGUAUCCACUGCUCCCUCCACACUUAUUCUCUCUUGAUGUGAUGAAGCUUUGAAAUGAAUUAAUCUUUCCCUAAAGCUGAAUGAUCCCACAGUAAAAGCUAUA